UAUUAAUUUUGAAAUUGGACAAAUUUUUUUAGUUAAGCGGUUUUCUAGUUUGGAGGCACAAUGAGAUUGGAGAAAUGCUGGUUUUGUUCUUCAACUGUAUACCCUGGACAUGGGAUCCAGUUUGUUCGCAAUGAUGCAAAGAUUUUUCGGUUUUGUAGAUCAAAAUGCCACAAGAAUUUUAAAAUGAAGAGGAAUCCUCGUAAGGUAAAAUGGACCAAGGCAUAUAGGCGCGUGCAUGGAAAGGAUAUGACACAGGAUUCAACCUUUGAGUUUGAGAGAAAGCGAAACAGGCCUGAGAGAUAUGACAGGAAUCUUGCUGUUGAUGUACUCAAGGCCAUUCCUAAGAUUGAAAAAAUCAGAGUUAGCAGGGAGGAGAGACACCACAAGAACAGGAUGAAAGGCAACAAGGCGAAAGUGCAGAAGGAGGCAGCGAAGGAGUACGGGCAGAGCAUCCAUAUGGUCAAAGCUCCUUCCGUAUUACAACAGGAGAAGAUCAAAGUCAAGGUUUCCCAACAACAAUCAGAAGAGAAUCCUCUCAUGGAAGAGUGAUUCUAUCAAUGUCCG